AUGUCAACACCGUACCGUUACAAGCUAGACCCAGCUGUAUCACCUGGGUAUUGCCACGUGGACAACCUUUCAAAAGAAAGUGCAGAGGUGGCCAGUCUCAUACUGCAGUCCAACAGAACCGCCUAUCAUGUCUUUACAACAGACUUUGACAAGAUGGGAGCUUACCUCCACAACCAUAUCGUACACCACACAGUGACCUUGUGGGCCUUAGGAGCUGACCCUGAAACAAUGGUAUUCCACAAGAAAAACAACGAGAACUACCAGUUAUUGCCCAGAAAGUUUCCUGAUGAAAACGUCAUCGAAGAGAUAAAAACAGAAAAGGGCUUUCGAAAGUACCGAGGCAGUCAGGACCACUUCCUUGAUUUUGUCACUUUUUUUGAACGAGAAAUCGACCAGUUCGGAUACCAAGAGGUGCUGCAGCGAUACAUGGUUGGAGGUGGGGAGAUCGCGGAUGAUUUACUAGGCCGCAUGUAUCAUGGUUACGUCCACUCUUUGAUGUAUGUUGGCCAGGCACUCGAAUUCAAGCAGCUUCCUCUACUAGCUGAAGGAUUGGCUCAGGCUGCGUCACACGAUGACAUGUAUUACAAUGACUUCCUCACGUAUACCGAGCUGCAGACUCGCUAUACCAACGAGCCAUCGCUGUCGCUCGUCGAGUGCAUGGAAAAGUGCCGCCAGGACCCAGUGAUUUCAACGUGUUCAAGCGUUGAUGUCCAUCAUCAAGUUGUCAAUGGCUCAUGGAGAGUAGAAAAGGAGAUGAUUCGUGAUUACGUUUGUGGAAAAGCCUUUAGGGAAAUGGCAACUGUCUGCGCUCAAUAUCGUGUCAACGAGGACGAUGUAGAGCGUGCGAGCGCUGAAUUGAUUAAUGCCGCUGUGUACAUGGCGUCUGCUGCCCAAAGCCCUCCACAUGAAUGUCGCUUCGACUUCUUCCUCAUCCACGGUAGUAAUGCAUCUCUUUGGCAGACGGCAUUUACUGAAGAGUCAUCUCUAAGUCGAGCCCAAAAGGCUCGACUGAUUGAGUACUCGGGCCGUGUGAUCUUGAUGCUUUACGCUGGUAUGGGCUCGCCGCCACUCAACAUUGACUGGCUGUUGGCGCAGGUGCCACGUGAGCCCCAGGCUGAUUGGAACCGUGUUUUUGAGCGUGUUCUGCGUCACAAAGAUGAUGGACAUAUGUCCAAGCUUAUCCGUGUCAUUCGCCACGCACAGGACAUCUCACUCCCCUACGAGAACGAUGCCAGAUUCCCAAUGAAGCAGCAUAUGUUCCUACCGGCAGCACAAGCAGCUAUUGAUUCGGGCAGUGAUAAGCCCAUGUCAGGCGUUCUUCACUUUGACUUUGUACGUGGUUGUGCCUUUCCAAAAGCAUGGGAGAAUGUGCCCACAAGAGAUGCGGUGGUGAUGUAG